GGCCUCAGGUCUGACAACCCCCAGGAGUCAGCCGUGCGUUCUUCCUUCACCAUGAAUCCAGCAAGACCCCCACAUCGGCAGCAAUAACACCUUUUUGCUGUCUUUUUGAGUGCUGAUUGUUAACCUGUCUGCGCCUGUAAACUCUGUACGCAAGAAAGUCCUGAAAUCUGGGAGAAACUGCGCGUAAUUCCCUCAAUCUUUACUUCCUUCUGCCGCUUGGAGCCGAAAGCGGCCGGUAUUUCUGGAGGUUUUCUGCUUUUAUUUUAUCAGAGGGGAAUAUUUUUGCCUUUUGACACACCGACAUGGAGUACACGUCAUCCCCGAAGCCGCAGCUCUCAUCCCGGGCCAACGCUUUCUCCAUAGCCGCCCUGAUGUCCAGCGGAAAGUCCAGCAAGGACAAGGAGGCGGAGGAGAACACCAUCAAACCUCUGGAGCAAUUUGUGGAGAAAUCCUCCUGCAGCCAGCAGGCUCUGGCUGACCUGUCAUCCCUGGACGGGCACGGGGACUUCAGCGGGAGCGCGCCCGCGGUGUGCACGGAGCCCCUCAUCCCCACCAAUCCCGGCAUCCCCAGCGAGGAAAUGGCCAAAAUCUCGUGCAGCCUGGAGACCAAAGAGCUGUGGGACAAAUUCCACGAGCUCGGCACUGAAAUGAUCAUCACCAAGUCUGGAAGGCGGAUGUUUCCUACAAUCCGGGUCUCUUUUUCCGGAGUGGACCAGGACUCCAAGUACAUCGUCCUGAUGGACAUUGUUCCGGUGGACAACAAGCGGUACCGCUACGCCUAUCACCGUUCCUCUUGGUUGGUGGCCGGCAAGGCCGACCCCCCUCUGCCCGCCAGGUUGUACGUCCACCCGGACUCUCCGUUCACCGGAGAGCAGCUGAUGAAGCAGAUGGUUUCCUUCGAGAAGGUCAAGCUGACGAACAACGAGCUGGACCAGCACGGACAUAUCAUCCUGAACUCUAUGCACAAGUACCAGCCACGAGUUCACAUCAUUAAGAAGAAGGACCACACCGCCUCGUUGCUCAACCUCAAAUCGGAGGAGUUUCGCACCUUUGUGUUCGUCGAGACGGUCUUCACCGCCGUCACAGCCUAUCAGAACCAGCUGAUAACCAAGCUGAAGAUCGACAGCAACCCGUUCGCCAAAGGUUUCAGGGAUUCGUCGCGGCUGACGGACAUGGAGAGCAGGGAAAGUGUUGAGAAUCUGAUCCACAAGCACUCGUACGCCCGAUCGCCGAUCAGAACCUACGCUGGCGACGAGGAGAACCUGAGCGAGGACGGACACACCACACACACCAGAGGAUCAGCGUUUACGGCCUCAGACAACCUCUCCCUGAGCUCCUGGGUUACCACCACCUCAGGCUUCUCAGGUUUCCAGCAUCCUCAGACCCUGUCAGCCAUGGGCACCGGAACCACCUCCUUACCCCACCCCAUCCAGGGAUCCCUGCCCCCGUACAGCCGGCUAGGCAUGCCGCUGACGCCCAGCGCUCUGGCUGGAACCAUGCAGGGCAGCGGGCCGUCCUUCCCUUCCUUCCACAUGCCCCGCUACCACCACUACUUCCAGCAGGGGCCCUACGCUGCCAUCCAGGGACUCCGCCACUCCUCCACAGUCAUGACGCCCUUUGUAUGACUUCACAGAGCAGAGGGCCAGAACUCAGUCUGACCAUUAAUCCUCAUCACUCCUCAUCUGGCUUGCACCUGUCCCUCCGGUUGUAAAUAAUUCACCUGCAGUGAGUGGGGUGACAUGAAGAGGAAUCUGCACGUUGAACUGAGGCAGACUGUGCUCCCCCCUCAGGAUCUGACUCCUAAGAACAGCUCCGAUGUAGGAAAAGACUGACGACUUCAUUGCAAAGCAAAUGCAAGACAAAAAUACGUGCAUGCAUGUUUUAUUUCAGCCCUCGAAUACAAAGUACACUUUCUAAAUGUUUUUAAAAUGGCAGCAAAACCCCGCAGGGUGCGAUUCCUAAAAAUGACGGAGGGAGGGUGGAUGGAACGAGCAGCCAUCUUAGCUCCUCUGUGUUAGGAGAGCCAGCCAUAUGUACAGUUCAGAAAAAGGACGACACACUCUGGGAUCCACUUACUCAGAGGUUUCUCGCUGUAAAUUAUAUUAAAAAAAAAGAAUCCUAGAACGCAUGCUGACUGCAGUAGACGCACACAUUGCUUAACUUUGUAUGUUUUAACAUGGAAUGAAGGACUUCACGUGUAAAAGAGCAAAAUGUUUUUGUUUUAAAGGCCUGGUCACACCAGGAAUUACAAACCUGCUUUUAACCGAGGCUGUGAGAGCAGACUGUGUCGUCAAAGCUGGAGUGCAGCAACUUAUCGUUUCCCCAAGGCUUGUAUUUUAGACAUAUUACACACUAUCUGGCGAAGGAUGAGACCAAUUUGUCAAAACUGUUUUUGUUUUCAGUUCAAAAUGGUUCAAAAAUAAUUUCAAGGAGAUUCUAGAGAAAGUGCAGAAGUUUGAGUUUCCUCCCACUGUUUGGAGGAUAAUCAGCACUAACCCUCUCUCACUUGUUGCUAAACACUGCUGGUCAGCUGGCUGAAGGAUGGCUACCAUAUAUCUCAGCCAUGCUUACAAGAAAGGAAAUAAAAACAGUGUCACCCACCACACUUAUUAAGCUAAUGCUGUUUUAAACCAUUUAGCAGCAAACUGCAGGCUCUACACAAGCAAAUAGCUCCACUAAUUACAUUUUUAAUUUUUCAUAAAUACCGUGAAAUCGUAAUAGGCCAUCAUUCCAGGAGAAUCGCAUUCUGACUCAUGUCUACUUCACACCAUUAGGAUGAAAUAUAAUUAGUGAUUUCAACAAAGCUGAAUCUCACACCUUAUUUCAAAAACUUUCCUCCUCAACAGAGCUGAGAAAGAAUAUAAGAACGUAUUUCAUCCUCCUUCGGUGCACUUGCAGAGCUCGGAGUCUAGGCCAAAUGAAUUAAAUCAAAAAAGUAAAUUGUAUCUGAUCUUAAUGCUCCUACAGUCGUCUUAAGAAGGAAACAUUUAAAAGUUGCUUCCAGGCAAGCAGUCAGAAGUAAUAAUAAAAACAUACGAGAAGAAAAACAGCAACAUCAACUGGUUGAAACGGAGUCAAUUUAAGAGUGGAGAGACCUAAACGACCCAAUUUAAUGGUUUAAAUUGGGUCAAGCUUUGCAGAGAUUUGGUGAAGGUCUCUGCAACCUUCAGAUGGGCUAAAACUACCUGCAGGUUGAGUUGAUUCAACGUUUACACCUUGAAGUAAUGACUCUGUGUCCUGAUUUAAAAGCACAGGGAGAGGAGAAAUGUGGAAGCAUGAAGAGCUGACAUGUAACUCGCUGUUUUGGUCAGUUAUUUAAAAAAGAGAGAGAGAGACCAGAUUUGCAAAUCUGUCCUGGUAAUACACCAAAAUAUUCCUGAAUAUUUUGAUUUUUAGUCCAUGCAGGUUUUUGUUCCCACUUGCAAAAGGCUGAAGUGAUGUGAGAACAAUUACCAAUGUGGAUUUAGUUUUCAGCUUUUUGUGAAAAUAAUGAAAGGUUUUACUUCUAACAAUAGUCUGUUGCUGCAUGAAAGUCAGAUUAUUCAGAAAUGUUUCAAGAGAGCCAGGAAAACAAACGCUGUACAAUGACCUGUGCAACCUUUUCACAUCCACAAGCCGUUUAUGGACGUUUGAUUUGAUCUUCUUGGUUUGCAGAAGACUUUCUUUUUCAGACGUCUUUAUCUGAUGUCCAGCUUGAACUGAGUUAUAAUUUUUUUUCAGUGUACACAUAAAUACCUUUGGGUUUUGAUUUUUUUUUUUAAUUGAAGAUAAUAGUUUUUGUUUUUUCUUAAUGUUUUGUCUGGCAUAAUCUGACCCCAAUAAGUUUUUGUUUUACUGAUUUUUAAGUGCAAUAUAUUUAUUUUGAUCUGUGGAAAGAAUCUGUAAUGUGCUGUAUCACAUUUAAAGUUAUUUGUAAAC